CGGGACACAAUCGGAGGCAGAAUGGCUAUUUUAUAAGCGGGGUCCGCGGUGACGUAUGGCUGAGCGUUUCCUGGCACGGAGCUUCGCGGACCAGUAAGCGGAGCGAAAUUGAAGCUGACAAGACUUUCCGCGUUUUGGAGAGGACUGUGAUCUACUGUAGGGGAGAACAGAGCCGCUCAAUCAGCGCAGCUGUAAAUAGGAGGCGGAAGGGAGUAAGAAAGGAGGCAAAGAGAAAAAGUGCUCGCCGGGGGGGCGGGGGCGAGCAUUUUUGGUGGAUGGUAUGAAGCCAGCCAUGGAAACUGCAGCGGAGGAAAAUGCAGAACAAAGCCAAGAGAAAAAAGUUAUCACCAGACCAGAAAUGGAAAUUGGCAGGUACCACUGGAUGUACAGGAGUUCAAGGCCACACCGGUACCAUCAUGUGCCAGCAUUGAGAGGCAGUAUUAGUCCUUUGGGGAUUCAAGGUUGCUUUGAAUGUUGCAUUAAGUGCCUGGGAGGGGUGCCCUAUGCCUCGCUGGUGGCCACCAUCCUGUGCUUCUCGGGGGUCGCGCUGUUCUGCGGCUGCGGCCACGUGGCGCUCACGGGGACCGUCUCCAUCCUCGAGCAGCACUUCUCCACAAAUGCCAGUGACCAUGCUUUGCUGAGCGAAGUAAUACAGCUAAUGCAGUAUGUAAUUUACGGCAUUGCAUCAUUUUUCUUCUUGUAUGGAAUAAUCCUUUUGGCAGAAGGCUUUUACACGACAAGCGCUGUGAAGGAGCUGCAUGGGGAGUUCAAGACGACAGCCUGCGGCCGCUGCAUCAGCGGGAUGUUUGUCUUCCUCACCUACGUGCUGGGAGUGGCCUGGCUCGGCGUCUUCGGCUUCUCUGCUGUGCCCGUCUUCAUGUUCUAUAACAUAUGGUCAACCUGCGAAGCCAUCAAAACGCUUCAGAUGAAUAUGACGGUUCCAGGGGACCAGGUCUGCGUGGAUAUCAGGCAAUACGGCAUCAUCCCGUGGAACGCGGUGCCGGGCAAGGCGUGCGGGCCCAUCCUGGAAAACAUCUGCAACACCAACGAGUUCUACAUGUCUUAUCACCUGUUCAUCGUGGCCUGUGCUGGAGCUGGUGCCACCGUCAUAGCGCUGAUCCACUUCCUCAUGAUACUGUCCUCUAACUGGGCCUACUUAAAGGAUGCGAGCAAAAUGCAGGCCUACCAGGAUAUCAAAGCAAAAGAAGAGCAGGAGCUUCAGGACAUCCAGUCUCGGUCCAAAGAGCAACUCAAUUCUUUCACAUAAAUGUUUGCCACAGUAAUUGAGCAGAAGAAUUCGGUAGCUCUGACAAAUCAGCCACUAGCUGCUCUGCAGCACCGAUCUGUGUCUACCAAACAAAAUAAUGCGAAGUGCAAAAGCUUCAAAUUCAAACUCCUGGAGACCUGUACAUAGGGAACGCUUCCCGCGGGUAAUCUUCCAUCCCUUAAUACAGAGAAUGGAGGGUUUAGUCCAGGCAUUUUAAAAGG